AUGAAAGGAGGAGGUUUUAAAGUGAGACCUACAACUCGUUGUAGUUCUGCAAUUAGAAGACCAGCCUAAGAAUUAGCUGUUUUGGAUCUCUAUUAAUAAACUACUAUUAAUCCAAUUCCUUAACUUAUUUUAACACCUACUUAAAGAAAUUUAAGACCUCGACCUAAAACUGGCAUGAGAAUUACAGAUUAGUAUUUUACUUAAGGUGCUUAAGAAAAUAAACCUGAUCAUUAUCUGAGAUAAAAAACUGCUUAAGGUUCUUAUAGAACAACUAAAUUAUCAACCAAAAAUUAAUUAGAAACUUUAGCAGAUGGUUUAUUAAAAAAAACUAGUGUAACAUAAUUGGAAUCUGAUGCUCCAUAAUAAUUAUAAUGUGAAUAGAAAUUUAAAACUUAACCUUUAGAACUUUUUAAGUAUGAAUCAUCUAAAUGUAUAAAAUUAGAAUUACGCGAUCUAGUUCACAAUAAUAAGUAAAUACAAAUACUGUUACAAAUUAACAAAUUUCCAAUUUAGAUAGAUAUUUAAUUUUAAGCAUUUUAGGUUAAGGUUCUUAUGCGACUGUUAAAUUAGCUAGAGAUAAACUCACAGAAAAGUAUUAAUUAAUUUUAAUUCAGGCUAAUUGCAAUCAAGAUAUAUUCAAAAGCCAAAUUAUGUAAUUAAUAAAGGAGAUAAUCAUUGAAAAGAGAAAUACAUAUACUUAAAUUAUUAGAUCAUCCAAAUAUCAUAAAAUAUAUAAAUACUAUAGAAACAUAAAUGGAUAUAAAUUUAAUCGUUGAAUAUGGUGGUUCAAAAAGUUUACGUUCUUAUUUAAAAGUAUCAAUUAUUAAACCAUUCAUAGUAAUUUCCAAACAGAAAACUUGAUGAAGAUGAUGCUAAAUUAAUAUUUAGAUAAAUUGUAAAAGCUGUUGAUUAUUGUCAUUCUUUAAAUAUUGUACAUAGAGAUAUUAAAUUGGAAAAUAUUCUUUUGAAAGAUAAUAAUGAAAUUAAAUUAAUAGAUUUUGGAUUUUCAGUCUUAGUGAAUAGAGAUUGCAAAUUAGGAGUAUUUUGUGGAACUCCAAGGUAAUUAAAAUUGAUAUUUAAAAAUAGUUAUAUGGCUCCAGAAUUAGUCAAUAAAUAAGAUUAUUUUGGAAAACCAGUUGAUGUUUGGGCUUUAGGUGUUUUACUGUAUGUUUUAUUGACAGGACAUUUUCCAUUUAAAGGUUCAAAUGAUUUAGAUCUGUAUGGACAAAUUAAAAAAGGAGUAUACACUAAAGUUAAUGUGUCACCAUAAUGUUAAAAAUUAAUUUCACAAAUGUUAACCAUUAGAGCUAGCGAGAGAAUUACAACUUUAAGAGUAUAAUAAAAAUAAAUUAUAGAUCUUGUAAGACAGAUGGUUCAAUUCUUGAUUUUAAUUAAUUUUAUGUAAUAAAAAAUUCGUAUUCAGUUUGCAAAGGAUUUAUAAAAAACCUAUGGAUCAAAAUAAUCACAAUUGAGUGAAUAAUCCGAUAAUCAACUUCAAUCAUCCCAAUUAACUUCUUCAAAUUUUAAAACAUCAAUACCUUAAUUUUCUAAAGAAGAAAUUGAAAAGCAUGAUUAAACUUUGAAAGAACAAACUUAAACAUAUAAUGAAAGAAAAAAAAGAAAUGGAUAAAAAUUUUAACGACUUUCAAAAGAAUAAUAAUCACAAUUACUAAAAUUGAUUAAAAGUGAUCCUUUAUUUUAAUCUCAAUUAGCUGAUGCUAUUAUAAAGCAUACAGAAAUUGCUUAAUUUAUUAAAAAGGCAAAUACACUUAAAAUUAUGAAAUCAUUAAAUUAAACAGCAAGUGAAUUUAAAAAAAAUAUGACUAAUAAAAUGUAAGCCAUCUUUCUCAAUCAUCAAAAUUAAACUUACAAUAAACUUAUAUAUAUAUUAUAAGAAAAAGAGCAAUUAAUAAUUAAACUAUUAGAAUAGAAAUUAUUUACUUGUGUUGACAUCUAAUAAAAUUUCAAAGACUCUUUGUUAAUUUAGUUGAAUAAAACAUUAAAAGCUUAAUUAGAAGAAAAUUGUAAAAAAUAUGCUUAAGCUUUAUCAUCCUAAUUAUUAUUGAUGUAUGAAGGAAUUGCAUAAAUUAUUGGAUAACAUAUUGAAUUUAAUAAGGAUAAUAAAUUAGAAUAAGAAUUAUUUCUAUAAGUUUAGAAAGUCAAAGAUUACUUUGCUGCAAGUGAAUAAUAAUAUAUUAAAGUAUUUUUUGUUCAUUUAUAUAGCGUCUAUAAAUAGAUAUGAACGAGCAUUAUCUAAAUGCAAUCUAGACUAUAUUCUAAGUUUAGUAAAAAAUUAAACUAAGUUGA